AAUGUCAUGCCACACUUAUACACACAUUACCUAGACAAAUUCGUGUUUUGGUGGAAUUAGUGACACGUUAAAGCUGGCAUGUACAUGACAGCUUGCGGAACUGUGCUUUUAGUUCAUGUUAGACAGCUUCAGACAACUCGGUAAGAUCUAAAACUGCUCUCGGUGUUAGCAUCUUAGCUAACCUUGUCGGUACUUUAAGACGCGAUCACGAUGGAGGUUGACCAACAGCUGAGAAAUCUGCGGGAUUUCCUGAUGGUUUACAACCGUAUGACUGAAGCCUGCUUCCAGCGAUGCAGCAGCAACUUCAACUACAGAAACCUCACCAUGGACGAGGAGCGCUGCGUGGACAGCUGUGCAGGGAAGCUGAUUCGCUCUAACCACCGCUUGAUGGGCACCUAUGUGCAGCUGAUGCCUCGGAUGGUGCAGCGCCGGAUGGAGGAGAUGGAGAGCAAGGCAGCAGAAUUAGCCGCAUCAGGGACUGCGCUGCCUGUUACCACAGAAACUUCACCAGCAUCUGAAACCCCCAUCACCACACCUCCACUGAUGCCUCCAUCAGGGACUGAUGAUGGACCAGAUGCUCAUGGCUCAGUCUUAAAGCCAGCAGGAUUAGGUAUUCCACUUGAGCUGGAUGCUGCUGUACCUAAAUCAACAGUAGCUGCAGAAGUCAAAUUAUCAGCCGCUACACCGCUCACUCCUGCGAUUGAAACACUAGAUCUCUUAGCACUUGAAAAAGUUGGCAGCGGACCAUCUCAUACAGCAGGCCCCCCUCAGCUGCCCAUAGCAGUUGCCCAAAUAGAGUCUGGCAGUUCAGAGCCAGUGUUUAUGCCAGCGAAACCUGCUUCCUUAACAGAUGAAGUGCCUCUGUCAACAGUAGCUGCUCCUACACUGUCUAAAUCUACAGUGAGCCUUUCAGGCCAAGAGAAAGCCCCAGAGGUUCCCCCGCAAUCAGGCCAGUAAUGAUGCUCUGUCUGGAUCUAUCACCUGCGCACACCUCCCAAAUGCAACAAUGGCAGUCCUAAAUUAGAUUUGAAAGGUUCACUAUGCAGGAAUCUCCUUUUUAAAAAACAAAUUAAUCCCCCUUAAUCAUAAUUUAUGAGCCACUAGAAAUGUGUGGUGAUGUAUUUAUCUGCAGAGACUCUGCCUGUAUUUUCUUAUUACUUUACAUUACUGUCUCCAUCCCUCUCCUCUGCUCUGCUCUGCUCUCUACCUCAACACCUUGCAGGGUUGUGCAGAGGUGUGAUUUGUGUGUGCUUGGGAAUGUAAACUCUGUGAAACAGACAAACACCAACUGACAAAUCCUGCAUAAUAUACCUUUUUUAAUUUCUGUAUUUCUGGGGAAAAGACUUAAUUAAUAGAUCAACAUAAAUUAAGACCUGUGUAAUAUCACUAUAUUUUACCAUUUUUGCUGGCUACAGUUUCCCAAAUGGAAGCAUUUUCUGGUAAUAUUGUAAAUUGAACACCUUUUAGAUUUUUCACUAUUUGUUCUUUUCUUUUUAAGUGCUGGUAACAUGAAACAGGUAUUUUUUUUAAACUUUUUUUUUUUUGACUAAAUAGUAAACAAUACGAUAAUAAUCUCAAAUUGCAACUUUAGUGCACGGUGAUCAAGCAGGAAAAUACAAUGACCUGCAGAGAGUUUAUUAUGAAGAAACUCCUGCCACAGUAUUGCAAAGAAUGUCAGAAAUGUUAAUGACAAAAACAAAUAUGCUAAUAUUAAAGUUCCAAGUCCAAAAUGUAAUGUUCUGUGAUAAAAGGCAAAAACAAGAAUGAAGGUGUUGUAAGUAUGUCUGUGCAGUGGCUGUUGAAUAGCUAUUAUAGUGAUGGUGGCAGUGUUGUUGCUACUUAAAGCUCUGCAGGAAUCAGUCACUAGCCUGCAGCCUGGAUUGUGUCCACCUCAUCUGAUUUGGACUUUCUGAUGAUCCCCUUAACACUGUAAUCCACUCAGUCCUGAUAACUGUUCAGAAAGGUGUCACAGUACAUGCAAAAAUAAGAUAAACUUCAGUAAUAAAAAACUGUU